AUGAACACCGGCUACGGAAUGCCUUCGCGGCGUCGACUGCGCGGCCCACUUCACCCACGCAAUCGACCACCACCUUCAUCAUUCGACGAGCCCGCAUCUUCGCCGCAGUCCUCGCAACAGACUGGGUCCGACGCCGCCAGCAUGCCGCCACCUUCAUCUACACCAUCCAGCAAGAAGCGCGAAUGGACGUCUACCAUCGGCCGCGGUGGUCUCGGAUCGCUGCCAUGGGAGCAGAUGGGCCCCUCUUCGUCGGGCCCGUCCACUUCGAGCGCCGAGUUCAGCUUUCAGUCCGGUAUGGCCAUGCCGCAGAGCACAUCUACGACCUCGAUGGCAUCCAUGGCAUCCAUGCCGUCCUCCAGUAGCGCCAACUCGUUUGCCAGCUUCCGACAGCAGCCCACACCCAUGUCUGCCAGCCCCUCGAGCUUCCGCACAGCCGCCGAUGCAGACGAGUCCGGGUACGCUGCGAGAAACACAAUCUUCUCGCGCGGCAACCAGUCGGCGCAAGCAGCGCUGCGCGAGACCUCGCAGGCGCUCCACGAGUCGUCCUACGCGCCAGCCGACGAGCAACCCCGCAAGCGCCGGCGUGGCCUCGCAGGUACCAUUGUCGAUACUGCACUCAACGCAGCACUGUACACGGGCGCUGCUGCGCUCACCGCCUACUCGCUAUGGUCUUCCUGGGGCCAUGCGGGAGAUUCAGAGCAGCAGCACCACCAUCCCGAUGCGGGGCCACAGGCGGACAUGGGCGAUGUGAUUUCGCAAAACGAACGAUCGGGCACAUUCGGUGGCAAGGAGUCCAGAAUGCCGCCAGGCGGACUCGAGGAGCCACCGCCGCCCUAUUACGAGGACCACUCCACGCCCUCGAGGCAAGAAGCGGCGCCGACCACACCGCAGUCCAACUCGGUGCGCACCCGUAAAGUGUUUGUCUCGUCGCAGCGCAACCGACGCCGACCGACGUUCCAGGGCUCCAAGACGCACCGCCAGAGCACGCCUCGCAAAGCGCUGCCGGACGCCUUCCGUGCUCCACUGACCGCAGACUCGCCGAGCAUGAGCGCGAGUGCAAGUCGGGACCUUGCACCGGCACAAAUGGAGGAAAACGACGAUGAUGAUGAUGACGACGACGAGAUGCUGUCGCGGUUCGAAGCCAAGAUGAAUGCGCUCAUCGCCGAGGGCCAGGCUGCGCUCAACUCGACCCCUGUGCUGCAAGAGUCGGAUCUGCGCGACAUCGAUACGCCCUCGCCGUCUCUGGGCCUGGGCACGCACUCGCGCUCCUCGACGCCGCUUCUCGGCCAGCGAUCGCAGUUGCCCGCAUCGCCAUUCGCGUAUUUGCAACCAGACGCAGGGAUCGCACGCUCCAGCUCGCACCCGGACGAGCUUGGCCCUAGUAGCGGCGGUGCGCUGCCCGAACCUGUCAAGCGCACUUUCGGCACGAGUCUGCGCCACUCGCGCUCGGCGUUUGACUUUCAAUUCGACAGCCGACCCGAAGCCGGUGCUGGGGCUGGGGAUGUGCGCUCGCCGUUCGUGUUUGGACGGGCCGAGCUCAACGAGAGCGCCACACCAAGUCCGGCGGCGAGGCAGGCACGGCGCACCGAUGUAGGCACGCCCACCAGCCCGUACAGCCGCAUCCCGCGAUCCACCUCGACGCUCAACGCGCGCAAGUCGACCCCACACCACCGCUGA